AUGGCGAUUCUCGUGCGCCGCGUGCUCUUCGUGGCAGACAUCGUUCUGGAUGUGCUGGUGGGCAAGCAGCUUCUGGAAUCGGGGCAUCCGGACUGGGCUGUGGUGUGUUGGGUUAUUGUGUCCAUGACAUAUGUGAUCAUGGCUGCGGCUUUGGGCCCUAAAGCCGUCGAGAAGUUGUCCAAGUCGACGACAUGUUCGACCACGUCGCCAAGGCUGAUUGCCGUGCUGUGGUCUUUCUUGGGCGUGCCAGCGCUACUGGCGCUCGACAUAUGUUGCGCUGUGAUCUAUGCGCUGCGAGACCCCAUGGAUGUCGAGAUGUUCCACUACAUGAAGCUGCGUGGUCUGGUGGAAAGCAUUGAGGCUGCUUUACAGGUUGCGUUGCAAUCCUACAUUGCCAUACGCUUGUGGAAUCCAUUUGGCAACCUGCCUCCGGUCGUCUUCGACGGGUUAAAUCCCCGCACGCUGGCUGUGUCCUUAUUCUUCUCUGUGUAUAACCUGUAUGAUCAGCUCAGCUUUCUCAGAAGAUUCGCGAAGUUGCAGUGCAACGGUCGGGUCGGUACCUUCCUAUUGAAAAUGAGCCAGCUGGGAAAAGGCUUAGCCCCCAGCAGCAUCUACGAAGCCCUCAGAAAGAGUCGAGUUGUAGACGUUCACUUCAACCUCUCCAACGCGUCUUUGCCCGAACUUUUUCGGAUUGCCCAAGUGGCCAGAAGAUCUAUCACCUUGCAGAAGCUCUGUUUCUUGGACUGCCGAUUCUUGGAUGCCAUGCAUGCAGAGGGAGGGGAUGAGGAGAUAAACAGUUGGAUGGUGGAACUCCUGUUGGCGGAACAUCUUCAAACCAUUUCCUUGCAGAGGGUCGCAGAGGAACGGCACGUCUGCUUGGUGCAGAACGUGCAGAAUAACAUCCUGGCAGCCCCAGCUUUUGAGGAGUUGUUUAUCAAUGGGGAAAGAUGUCAGGUGGAGCGACAAUGUAAGGCGGAGCGGACCGAGGACGUUGAGAUUUUACCCAUUCUCUUGACAGGCAAUUGGAAGAAUGCCAGAGAACAACUCCUGAAGAGGAAGAUUUCCCUUAGCGAAGAUUGGGUGCUGCAGCUGUGCAAGCACAGCUCCUGUCACAAGACGCUAUCGCUCCUGCUUGCUGCUGGAGCCGAUGUUGCCGAGGGCGCCUUGAAUGAAGCAGCAUGCAACGAUGCCACGAGCAUCAUUCAGGUGCUUCUGAGACAUCGAGCAGAUGUGAACUCGGUGUUCGAAGACUCAUCGCCCUUGGAAAUUGCAGCUCAAUCAAGCUGUCACAAAGCGGUGCGCUUGCUCCUGGCGGCACGCACGGACGUGUCGAUGCACGGGCCCGCCGCAGCACGGGCCGCCGCCUUCACCGAUGAUGUGGAGAUGCUGAGGCUCUUCAUCUCCCAGAAGGCCGACAUCAACGCCCAGUGCCCACUUUCAGGGAAUGACCGAGCCCUUCACUUGGCAGCAGACCGUGGGGCCAGUGAAUGCUUGAAAGAGCUAUUGAGGUGCCGUGCAGAUGCUUCGCUGGUUGAUGGCAAUGGCGCCACCGCACUUUCCAGGGCAGCCCGGAAUCGUAAAUGCGUCGAGAUGCUGUUGCCUCUGAGUGACGUUCAUGCCAGGGACAAUGACGGCAUCACUGCCCUGCAAAGGGCAGCUGGUGACAAUGAUGUUGCAAUGCUGGAGCUCUUGCAGAACGCUGGAGCUGAAAUAGAGGCGCUGGAUGACGCCGGCGACGCCGCCCUGGCCUUUGCAGCCAUUGAGGGGGCCCAGGAUGCCAUCCAAUAUUGCAUCCGACAGCGAUGCGACGUGAAUCGGCAGAACAAGCAUGGCAGAAGCCCUUUGAUGCAUGCAGCUGCUGGCAAUCAUGUCCAAGCCUUGUGUCUCUUGUUAGGCUCCGGGGCUGCAGUUGAGACGGUGGACGAAGAUGGCAACACAGCCUUGCAUCUCGUGGGCCAGCGCGCUCAGGAAGAGGAAGAGGAGGAAUGUGAAGACUCCGAAGAUGAAGAGGGAGAAGGUGAAGAAGCAGAAGGCGAAGAAGACGGAGGAAUAGAGGGUGAUAAAGCAGAAGGUGAGGAGGAGGAAGAAGGACUGGAACAAGAAGAGGGAGAAGGAGGGCGGGAAGACGAGGGAGAGGGAGGAGACGCAGAAAGAGAGGAAGGAGCUGGGAACGCGGAAGGCGACGGGCAGCUACGAGAGUUGGAAGCAGAAGCGGAACUCGACGCACAGCUGCAAGAGCUGGAAGAAGAAGCAGAAGCUCUGCUGCGUCAAGAGCAGGGAGGUGAAGAGGGCGAAGGCGAAAAGAACGCCGAAGGUGAACAGGGCGAACAAGGCGAAGAAGACGAGAACGCAGGAGGAGAAGAAGAGGUCGAAGAGGGCAAAGCAGACGAAGAGUACGCCGAAGGCGAAGAGGGCGAAGAGGAAGUGCAAGUGCAAGAGCAAGCAGAAGCUCAAGUGGAAGAGGCGCGCCAGAAGGUCUCUGCCAAGAUCGAAGGGCGUUCGAGUAUGUGUAUCAAAGUGUUGCUCGACCACCGAGCACAUGUAAACCAUGCCAAUCACUCGGGCGAGACCGCUUUGAUGCUCACCAAGAGUGCCAAGUGUGUGAAACUUCUGUUGCAUUCCCGUGCAGACCCACACGACAUUGUGGAGAAGCCGAAUCCAGGUGAUGCGGAGUCGGCGGAUGCCCUUAUUCAAGACCUCCUCAAAGAGGAGUGA